UCUGGUCGUCCAGGCCGCGCCCCAGCCCUAGUGACGCAAAGUGCCUGUCUGCUCCUGAGUCUCACCUGUGCCUCUGACUUUCCCCCCCCUCAGCUUGAGACUGCAUACAGAGUGUGAUCCCGGAGAGUGGGAACUCAUGAGUGCCUGGUCAGCACCUCUGAAAAAGAAGCUGGGAGAAGACAAGUCCAUGGCUACGUUCUUCUGUCAGUUGUGUGGGAAGACGUUCCUCACCCUGGAGAAGUUCACUGUCCACAAUUACUCCCACUCCAGGGAGCGGCCAUUCAAAUGCUCGCAGCCUGAGUGUGGCAAAGCCUUUGUUUCCAGAUAUAAGUUGAUGAGGCACAUGGCCACCCACUCUCCCCAGAAGACCCACCAGUGUGCUCACUGCGAGAAGACCUUCAACCGCAAGGACCACCUGAAGAACCACCUGCAGACCCACGACCCCAACAAGAUGGCCUACGGGUGCGAGGAGUGUGGGAAAAAGUACAACACCAUGCUGGGCUACAAGCGGCACCUGGCUCUGCACGCGGCCAGCAGCGGGGACCUCACCUGCGGGGUCUGCGCCCUGGAGGUGGGGAGCACCGAGGUCCUGCUGGACCACCUCAAAGCCCACGCGGAAGAAAAGCCCCACAGCGCAACCAAGGAGAAGAAGCACCAGUGCGACCACUGCGAGAGAUGCUUCUACACCCGGAAGGAUGUGCGCCGCCACCUGGUGGUCCACACAGGAUGCAAGGACUUCCUGUGCCAGUUCUGCGCCCAGAGAUUUGGGCGCAAAGACCACCUCACCCGUCACACCAAGAAGACACACUCCCAGGAGCUGAUGAAGGAGAGUCUGCAGACCGGAGAUCUUCUGAGCACCUUCCAAACCAUCUCGCCUUCUUUUCAGCUGAAGGCUGCUCCCCUGUCUCCUUUCCCGAUAGGAGCUCCUGCCCAGGACGGGCUUGUAAGUAGCUUGCCCCCUGAGGUCCACGAGUUCACCCUAGAGCUCACAGACCAAGCUGUCCCACCGAUGCAGAUCCUGGCAGAGCCCAUUACCUCCCUGCAUCCCUUUCUGUCUCCCAACUCUCCCCCUCCGGUGCUGCCUGAUCACAAGUACAGUGCCGCUUCUACCUCAUACUCCCCCCCACUGGUGAGCCUGCCUCUCAAAGCAGAUACUAAAGGUUUCUGCAAUAUCAAUUUGUUCGAGGACUUGCUUCUGCAAGAGCCUCAGUCACCUCACAAGCUCAGCCCAGGUUUUGAGCUGGCUAAGGGAAGUGCUGGUAAAGUAAUCCUCCCCAAGGAGCUACCAGCAGAUGCUGUGAACAUAACAAUACCUGCCUCUCUGGAUCUGUCCUCCCUGUUGGGUUUCUGGCAGCUGUCCACACCCACUCCCCAGAAUGCCUUUGGGAAUAACACCAUCACCCUGGGGCCAGUGGAGCCACCUCUGCUGCCCAGGUUAACCUGCCUGGGACAGCAGCAGCAGAAGCCCCCACGAGCCGUGGGCACUGUGAGCCUGGGCAAGCUGCCCUUGCCCCCCGCCCCCCAUGUGUUCUCAGGGGGCUCCACCUCUGCCAUCCUGCCUCAUUUCCACCAUGCAUUCAGAUAAGUGGUUUUUAAAGUGUAUCUUGCUUAUCGUGGAAGAUGUUUUAAGAAGCAUUUUAGACGUCAGUUAUAAUACAAGGAAAGAUUUGGGAAAACGACUAGGAAUAUGGCUUAUUCUGUGAUGACUGGCUUGAGAUUAGAGAAUUCGUGAACUGCAUGUAUCGUGCCAACCUGUCCUGAGUGUUUAUGCUUUGUACCAAAUUUAAUGGACGCGUGUUGUGUAAUCGAGCUGCAACUAUUGUCAUAACCAACAUCUAAAAUGAUGGCUGCUAUAUAUAAGUGUUUGUCAUAUGGAGUUUCAUUGUAAGCCAUGAUCGUGAUACUGUUAACUAGAUGACUUUGUGUGGCACUGCCUAGUAUGGGAACUAUGGAAAGCUUUGGAUGUCUCCAAAUGGGGAGAGUUUUUUUCAAAAUAAGAAAAUAACCUUUAUAUGGCAUAUUGUAACUAGGCUGUGUAUUUCUGUUCAGGGAUUUUUCUAUGUUCAGGGUUGGAUGUAGUUUAGUUGCUGUGACCGUAGCCAACCUGUAGUUUUGCAUAAACAAUUUCUUGUGGAGCAGUAGAUUUCUCCAUUUCAAAAAAGCAUUUUAAAUGUCGUUUGAAUAUUUUCCACAAGAUGCUGCAAUGUGAGCUAUUACUUCGUUUAUCUUAAAGACUAAACUGGUUGUCAGUUAUAUCUGACAGAAAAAAAAAAAAUCACUGUGUAACCAGGUUAAG